GCAACUAUUCAGCAGCCAUCUUGCCAGAUUAACAUAACAGCACACGAUCCAUUAGUGAUACACUGACCAGUACAAUAAACCAUCGAAACCAUGAGAAUUCGCCCAUCGGAACUUCGAUAUACGCAAGACACCAUUGCCAAUCACUUCAGAAAUGGAUGGAGUUUGGACAGCUCGUUAUGGAGAUUACUGAGAAAGCCAGACGAUGUGAAUUCUCGUAUCGCGAACUUACCAACAAUGGAAGUUAUGCAACACGAUGGACACUAUUACGUUGUCGGUGGUAACCGUCGUCUGUACCUGCUAAAAAAGCUGGAAUCGGCAGGUAUCAUCAGUGACGUUGAUGUCAUUAUAACCUUUGAUUCGGCGAGGUUUAACCGACAACACACCACGAAGUGUGAAGGAAAGUUCGUAACAGUGAGGUACAGCCUAAACAUGGACGAGAAACUAGAUCACGUCAUAGCCAAGUAUAGACGAAAACAGAACGAUAUGGCUACAACGGUAAACUGCGAAUGUGACAUCAAAAAGGCUGAGUCUUGCAAACAUCGCCUCAUGCUGCUGCAAGGUGAACCGAAUAUGAUGCAGUUAUGCAUCGGUCACCUCAAGUUCGUGGCUUGCCUGACUAGUGCGGACUGUGCAAUGGAUCCCAUCUAUGGCCCUCUCAAACUCGAGGGCAUUCAGACCAUGAACGAUGUCUGUAACAGUGACGGGACCAAGACAACUGCGUCAAUCUUGGCCUUGCUCAUUGUGUUCCUCGCACAGUUCUUCAUGUGAACAACGUUCAGUGCCCGGCAGAGUACCUCUUUUUCCUGAUUUCCAUAGACUGCUGCCCGCAAGUUUCCUCAAACAUUGUCAGCACCGCUGACAUAUUUCAGUAAAAGAUUUCCUUCUAUAACAUAAAGUCUUCUUCUGUCUUCUAACCUUUGUAUCUUUCAUCAAUAAAGAAAAUAUCUCUUU